UAUUACCAUUUUGAUCUUAUUGUCUCUCCUCCUCGAAGAUUGAGAGUUUGUGGAAAUGGGUGCCUUGAGUGAGAAUCUUACCCAGUUUUUGAUACCCAUAGCUGCCUUGGUAGGCAUUGGUUUUGCUUUGCUUCAAUGGUUUUUGGUCUCCAAGGUGAAGGUCUCAUCAUACGAUCAGAGCAAUGGAUAUAAAGCAAAGCUGAUUGAAGCUGAUGAAGAAGAAGAGGGCGUUGACAAUCUUGAGGUUUCGAUCAAGUGUGCUGAGAUUCAACAUGCCAUUUCUGUUGGUGCAACUUCUUUCCUUUAUACCGAGUACAAGUACCUCGGCAUCUUCAUGGGCGUAUUUGCUGUCAUCAUCUUCCUCUUCCUUGGUUCGGUUAAGGGAUUCAGCACUGAAAGUGAACCAUGCACAUAUAACCAAGGAAAUACUUGCAAACCGGCCUUGGCGAAUGCCGCCUUUAGCACGAUCGCUUUCUUGCUCGGGGCUCUUACUUCGGUUCUCUCGGGUUUUCUAGGGAUGAAGAUUGCAACUUAUGCCAAUGCUAGGACCACUCUAGAGGCAAGGAGAGGUGUUGGGAAGGCAUUUAUAAUAGCUUUUCGUUCGGGAGCGGUCAUGGGUUUCCUCCUUGCUGCCAAUGGCCUUUUGGUUCUUUAUAUAUCCAUCAAUUUGUUUAAACUGUACUAUGGUGAUGACUGGGAGGGACUUUUUGAAUCUAUUACUGGUUAUGGUCUUGGCGGUUCUUCUAUGGCCCUCUUUGGAAGAGUUGGGGGAGGAAUAUAUACAAAAGCAGCCGAUGUCGGUGCUGAUCUUGUCGGUAAAGUCGAGAGAAAUAUCCCUGAAGACGAUCCGCGAAAUCCUGCUGUUAUUGCCGAUAAUGUGGGCGAUAAUGUCGGAGAUAUUGCUGGGAUGGGUUCCGAUCUGUUCGGAUCUUAUGCUGAAUCAACAUGUGCAGCCCUUUUUGUUGCAUCAAUAUCAUCCUUUGGUAUCAAUCAUGACUUUACUUCAAUGUCUUACCCCUUGAUCAUUAGUUCAAUGGGAAUUGUGGUUUGCUUGAUAACUACAAUCUUUGCAACUGAUAUGUUUGAGAUUAAGAAAGUAAGUGAAAUUGAACCAUCUUUGAAACGGCAACUCCUUAUCUCCACUGUCCUGAUGACUGCUGGGAUUGCCAUCGUCAGCUUCUUGGCAUUGCCGUCGGAAUUCACUCUCUUCGAUUUCGGAACUGAAAAGCUGGUGAAGAACUGGCACCUUUUCUUCUGUGUUGCUAUUGGCUUGUGGGCUGGACUUGUUAUUGGAUACAUUACAGAAUACUAUACUAGCAAUGCUUACAGUCCGGUGCAGGAUGUGGCGGAUUCUUGCCGGACAGGUGCUGCAACGAAUGUGAUUUUCGGGUUGGCUCUGGGGUACAAAUCUGUCAUCAUUCCCAUAUUUGCCAUUGCCACUUCUAUUUACGUGAGCUUUAGACUGGCUGCGAUGUACGGAAUCGCCAUGGCCGCUUUGGGAAUGCUCAGUACUAUAGCUACUGGUCUUGCCAUUGAUGCUUAUGGUCCCAUAAGUGACAAUGCUGGUGGUAUUGCUGAAAUGGCUGGCAUGAGCCACUCGAUACGCGAAAGGACCGAUGCUUUAGACGCUGCGGGAAACACCACUGCCGCUAUCGGCAAGGGAUUUGCGAUUGGUUCCGCUGCACUUGUAUCUCUCGCUCUAUUUGGCGCCUACGUUAGCCGAGCAGGCAUUGAGUCAGUCGACGUAUUGACACCAAAGGUCUUCAUUGGCCUAAUAGUUGGAGCCAUGCUACCCUACUGGUUUUCAGCCAUGACAAUGAAGAGCGUCGGGAGUGCGGCUCUCAAAAUGGUCGAAGAAGUUCGUCGGCAAUUCAAUUCGAUUCCGGGACUAAUGGAAGGCACGGCUAAACCAGACUACGCAAACUGUGUCAAGAUCUCAACCGAUGCCUCACUGAGGGAAAUGAUACCACCCGGUGCACUUGUUAUGCUUACUCCGCUUAUCGUUGGAACCUUCUUCGGAGUCGAAACUCUGGCCGGUGUCCUAGCCGGCUCACUGGUAUCGGGCGUCCAAGUUGCCAUCUCAGCUUCCAACACAGGAGGAGCAUGGGAUAACGCCAAGAAAUAUAUUGAGGCAGGUGGUAGCGAGCAUGCGAAGUCACUGGGUCCAAAGGGUUCGGAUUGUCACAAAGCUGCAGUGAUAGGUGAUACAAUAGGAGAUCCACUCAAGGACACUUCUGGACCAUCACUCAACAUCCUCAUUAAGCUCAUGGCGGUUGAGUCAUUGGUGUUUGCUCCAUUCUUUGCCGCACAUGGCGGCUUGCUUUUCAAAGUGCUCUAAAG